AUGAGCGCUGAAUGCAGCAGCUACUACAGCACUGACGGCGUGUUCGUGGACGUUUUCUCCUGCCCCAAGCCGGGAAAUGCCGCUGCCGCCGUUUACUGUUGCGGAUUUAAUGAUAUGAAAUACUGCUGUGAUGAUCCCAACAGUUUCUUCCCGUAUGAGUACGGAUACAUGUGGUGGCUGAGUAUCGGUGCUCUGGUUGGACUGUCCAUUGCAGCUGUGGUCCUUCUUGCCUUUCUCAUCACCGUAUGUGUCCUCUGCUACCUCUUUAUCGCCACCAAACCCAGUCGUCUUGACAACGGCCUGCCCCUCAGAGUGCCAGGUUGGUAAGGAGAUCCCAGCGAGGGAUCUAGCAAUGCGAGGGCGUCUGGUCCGCGGGGAUUCAGCAAACACUUCAAGAGCAGGAAGCUGGACUGUGAUAACCAGGCCCCAGACCCUGAGCGCCUGUUCCAGAGGUGUUUCACAGCUACAGUCACCAGCGUGAAAGUGGAGAGUCCCUCGUAG